AAAUGGAGCAGGUGGAUGAAGUAAUCCUUGAGGUAGAACAGAAGUCGUUUCAUGUGGACAAAUCUGCCCUGGCCGCAGAAAGUAGCUAUUUUCAGAUAAUGUUUUAUGGUGGAUUCAAAGAAAGCUUUCUGCGCCAAAUCCACCUGUAUGGUGUGAGCAAGGCUUGUUUUCGGAUUCUUCUGGACUUUUUAAAAAGUGGUAACAUGGAGCUGAACCAAGGGAAUGUUACAGAUCUCCUGGAAACGGCUGAUUUCUUAGAUCUGAGACAGGCCAAGCAGCUUUGCAUUGGAUACCUUGUACAAGAGCUAAGAGUGUCUAACUGCUUGGCUAUGAUGUCCUACUCUCAGCAAUACGGCUGUACUCAGCUUUUUCAUUCGGCGUUCCAGGUUGCAGUCACUCAUCUGUCAGAGCUUAUGCAGGACAGUGAAGAUGAAUUUAGUCAGUUGGACAAAGAAACCCUCAAAGUGUUGCUGCAAACCGAUGAACUGUAUGUCUCUAAUGAAGACCUGGUCUUUGAUGCUGUGAUGAAGUGGGUCAUGGUAGAUUCCAUAAGAGAGAAGGAUUUUGAAGAAUUAGUCGGUCUGGUUAGACCUGCUUUUCUUAGUCUCACCUUUCUUGAUGUUCUAGUAAAGCGCAGUCAGAGAUCAAAAGAACACGAUGUCUACACAAGACUUUUACAAAUAUUGAACACUAAGCCUCCCAAGACAUGGAGCAUCAUGAAUGAAAUGAUGUCUACAAGCAGAACCUAUGAAACCAUCUACGUGCUUGGUGGCAAACAUGAAAAAGAACAACAAGAACUAUAUGUCUACAUGCCAAAGACGGCAACAUGGAGACCCUGCUCACCCUUACAGCGCAAGAAUCUCACGCAGUAUGCAGUCGCCACAGUAGGUAACCUGAUGAUUGUGACUGGCGGAUAUUUCCGUGGAGAUUUCGUAUGGUAUAGCAUAGAUUGGGUUCUCAUUUAUGAUUCUUCCAACAACUGUUGGACUGAUGGACCACCUUUGACGUUAUCCAGGAACUGUCAUUGUGCUGUAGGGGUUGGACUCUACCUUUAUGUUAUAGGAGGAAGCACAGAUGAGGGUGUUACUGGAGAUGUUGAGAAACUGGACCUAGCAGAAAUGACUUGGGAAGCUCAAAGUCCUCUUCUCAGACCUGUUGAAAGAGCAGCAGCUGCCUGUGUGGAGGCUAAACUGUAUGUCAUAUGUGGCCGUGAUGAGAAUGGAGAUGUGUACAGUGGAGUGCAGAGGCUAGACACAGAGACGGGUGUGUGGGAUAUAAUCACAUACUCUCCUAUGCCAAGGUAUGAUCUCUGUGCUACGGUGCUUAAUGGAGUCUUGUAUACCAUUGGAGGCAAAGCUAUGAGAUUUGACUUUCGUACAGAGAAGUGGUCAGCAAUUGAGGAAGAAUGUCUUGACCGCAAGUUCUACAUGGGAUGCUGCUCUGCUAAUGGAAGAAUGUAUUUCCUGGGACAAAGAAGAGCAAGUAUAACUAGUGAUAUUCCAAACUUUGUCUUGUUUGACCCCUACUUGGACUUCUGUCAGGUGGUGGAUACCAGCCUUCCUUGUCCUCUUCCUAUCAGGGGCUGUGUGAUGAUGAGACGCUAUGAUGUUUGGCCUUGAAGAUCAACAAUCCAAUAGAUGACAAAAUACUGCUUUGAAACUCAGGGCCGGUUGC